AUGGGAAAACUACCAGUAAUUGAGUUGUUCUUACUCUCACUUUGCGACUUAGUAAUCUCAGUUUCCACUGGGAGCAGUGAUGGCCACUUGGUUACUUGCUUGGCCUCUGAUCGUGAAGCCCUCAUGGACUUCAAAAGUGGGCUUCAUGAUCCAAAUAAUGUGCUAUCUUCAUGGAGGGGCAGUGACUGUUGUGAAUGGCACGGAAUAGAGUGCGACAACAGUACAAAAGCAGUUGUUGCAGUUGAUCUCCACAAUCCGUAUGGGUUUGAUGACAGGUAUGCGUUCUGGAACUUGAGCGGUGAGAUAAGACCAUCUUUGAUGAAGCUCAAGUCAUUAAGGCUUUUAGACUUGAGUUUUAACAACUUUGAUGGCAUACCAAUACCUGAAUUCUUUGGUUCAUUGGAGAAUUUGCAGUAUUUGAACUUGUCAACUGCUGGUUUUAGUGGCCUCAUUCCUACACAUCUGGGAAACUUAUCUCACUUGAAAGUUCUUGAUCUUGGUUAUAGUGUCGGUGUCAAUGAAUUGUGUGCUGAUAAUUUCCAAUGGAUAACUGGCCUCGUCUCUUUAGAACACCUUGUUAUGAAUCAGGUUAACCUUUCGUUGGUGAAAGACUGGGCUGGUGCAUUAAAUCAACUUCCUUCUAUUGUUGAAUUGCAUCUAUCUGGUUGUUACUUGUCUGGUUAUAUUCCAUCAGUGCCUUCUUUGAAUUUUUCUUCACUUGUUGUCAUGGAUCUUAGCUUUAACAACUUCUAUUCAAAGAUACCCGAUUGGCUUGUAAAUGUAAGUAGCUUGCAACAUAUUGAUAUGACAGAAAGUAACCUGCAUGGAAGAAUACCGCUUGGUCUAGGAGAAAUGCCAAAUUUAGUGUCGUUGGAUUUAAGUCAGAAUUAUGAUCUUACAGCAAACUGUUCCCAACUCUUUCAAAAAAGAUGGGAAAAGAUACAAGUUAUUAAUUUUAGAGAAAACAUGGUGUACGGAAAACUUCCCUUGUCUUUGGGAGACAUGACUUCUCUCACUAGACUUGAUCUUGAUUCUAAUGCUAUUGAGGGUGGUAUUCCCAGCUCUAUUGGAAAACUUUGCAACUUGAAUAGUUUUUCUUUAUCGUGGAAUAAUAUGACAGGAAAUUUACCUGAAAUUCUUGAAGGAACACAAACCUGCCCUUUUAAGAAACCUCUACAUAAUUUGCAAUAUUUUGAUUUGGGCAUCAAUAAAUUGGGUGGUAAAAUCCCAUAUUGGAUAGGUCAACUAGAAAAUAUGGUUAAUCUUGACCUUAGUGAUAAUUUGUUUCAAGGACAUAUCCCUACUUCUUUCGGAUCGUUGCGAAAUCUUGUUACCUUGAACCUUCGAAAGAAUAAACUCGAUGGGAUUCUUCCAGAAAGUGUGGGACAACUUUCUCACCUAUCGGAAUUUGAUGUUUCUUCUAAUCAAUUGGGAGGCGUAAUAUCUCAAAUUCAUUUUUCAAAGUUGAUCAAUCUGGAUGUCCUAGACUUAUCCUCCAAUUUGUUCAUUGUGAACAUCAGCUCCAAUUGGAUGCCUCCAUUCCAAGUUGAAGCCCUUAUAAUGGGUUCAUGCAUUUUGGGACCUUCGUUUCCAUCUUGGCUCCAGUCACAGAAAGAGAUAAAAAUUUUAGACCUUUCAAAUGCUGGCAUUUCAGAUUCUAUACCAAAUUGCAACAACUUCAUUGGGAGGAUCCCUUCAAGCCUUGGAAAUUGUUCUAUGUUGGAUCAACUAGACCUUAGCAACAAUAGUUUGUCUGGGGCUAUUCCAAAUUCCUUAGGUCAAUUGCAAUGGCUCACGUUAUUGCACCUAAGUGACAACCGGCUCUCAGGAAAUUUACCACUAUCGUUUAUUAAUUUAUCCCAUUUGCAGACCUUGGACCUUCGUAACAAUGAGCUUUUCGGUGAAAUUCCUUCUUGGAUUGGAGAUAGAUUUGGCUUUCUUACAUAUCUUGACUUGAGAUCCAAUGCAUUCUUUGGAGAAAUACCUCAUGAGCUCUCAAAACUACGUUUAUUGCAAGUGCUGGAUCUUGGGGAGAAUGACUUGAGUGGUAACAUUCCAGCCAACUUUGGUGAUCUUAAAGCAAUGAUUCUAAACAAAAGUAGGGAGCGAGUAGGGCUCUGGAUUCAGGGUAUUGCAGUUAGACAGUCAAAUUAUGAUUAUUAUGGGAGAGAUCAAGAUAGGUUGGUUGUGAAUGCAAAAGGCCAGUCAUUGAUGUACACCACCACUCUUUAUCUAGUCACCAGCAUAGACCUUUCUGGAAACAACCUGUCUGGAAGAAUUCCCCAUGAAUUGACAAAACUAUCUGGUCUAACCUAUUUGAGCCUAUCAAGAAAUCACCUAACCGGCAGCAUUCCAUAA